GGGCCGCCCGGCUUUCCCAUCCUGCCCCUCUCCUCUCACCUCUACCACGCGGAAUCCCAUUUUUACCCUUCUCACCUCCUCCGCUCCCCUCCCAUGGCCUCCACCUCCGCCUCCCCGCAGCCCCCCGCUUCCCCUUCCCACCCAAACCCUAACCCUAGCCCCGACGCAGAUCUCCGAUCAGAUCGCCCCAUGCCUGACGCGGACGACGCCUCUCCGGCUUCCCCUGAGAAGCGGGAGGAGGAGGAAGAGGAGGAGGCGCCGGGAAAGGCGGCGAAGCGGGCGGCGCCGGCGGCGGAGGCGGAGGCGGAGGAGGAGCAGCAACCGACCCCGCGGAAGACGCGCCUCCCGCGCGCGUGCAACAACAAGCCGAAACCCGCGCCCCCCCCGCCGCCGCCAGAGCGCCCGCGCCGCCGCGCCGCGGCGGCGGGCGGCGGCGGCGGCGGCGCGGACGAGACGCCGCAAUGCCGCGUGGUCACGCCGCUCGUGUCGGAGCCCGAGGCGCCCGCGGAGCUGCCCCGCUGGCAGCUCCGCUGCAUGUGGGAGCUCGGCUCCGUCCUCAACUUCCUCCACGUGUUCCGGCCUCUGCUGAACAUCACUGCGGAGUUCACGGCGGAGGAGCUCGAGGCGGCGCUUAUCACUCCCAACGAAAUUCUAGACGAUGUGCAUAUGCCGCUGCUAAAGUCAAUUCCUCCUGUAACUCGCAUGGCUAUGGGACGUGGAACCUGGGUGACCGUCCUAUGCAGAAAGCUGAAGGAUUGGUGGCAUUGGGUUGCAGAAGGUGAUCUGCCAAUAAUUGCAUCUCAUGGAACUGAAAUUGAAACGUACAAAACACUAGAACCAGCUAUUCGUUUAGUGAUCUUGAAAGCGAUAUGUGAUAUCCGCGUUGAGCAAGAGGAUAUUCGGAUCUUCAUUGACAGUUCCCUUAAGCAUGGACAUGACAUUUCUACUUUUCGUAAAGAACGGAUUGGAGGGGAUUCCCUUGGAAUCUCAUACUGGUAUGAAGAUGAUGAGAUUCUCGGGCAUAGAUUAUAUCGUGAAAUUAGACGAGUAGAACAGGUCAAGAAGGAGCCAGGAAAGAGGUCCAGGGGAAAAGGAGGAUCUUCAGCUAUUUCAGUUGUGUCCUACCAAUGGGAAACUGUUGCGUCCACCUUUGAUGAGUUUGAUGAUGUUGCAGAAAAGCUCUUUUCAAGUCGGAACAGGACAGAGGUAUCACUUGGAAAGAAGUUGAAGAUUGAGUAUCUUCCAGAGAUAGAAAAGAUCCAUAAAAAGAAAGAGAGGUUGCUCAAAAAGCAACAGAGAGAAGCUCUCCUUCUUGAUAGCUACUUGACAUCAGAUGGACUUACCACCGGCCGCUCUCUACGUGAUAGAAAGCCCGUGACUUAUACAUUUGAUGACUAUGAUCGCUCAAUAAAUGAAGCCAUCAAAAUUACAAAGAAAAGAGAGGAGAACUCGGCUGAGCCUGUUGCUCCUACUGCCAAUAGAAGGGCGCUUCCUCCAAGAUCUGAGGCACCAAGCAAUGGGAAGUUAAAUGGUCCCUCACCAACAGCCAAUGACUCAAAUGAUGGGAAUUCUUCAAAGUCAGAUGACUACCAAGACAGCGAUGGUGAACAAGAAAAUGAGGCACUUGAUCGCAGCAACCGGCGAAGGAAAAGAUCUCAGAGAUACACACAAGACUUUGUUGAGGCUGUCUCGGAUAUUGAUCCUAACUUUGAUAGUGAUGAUGAUAUCAUGGGAGAGGCAGUGUAUGAUGAGGAAUACCUGAGAAGUCGCAAACAGAAUAAAGCAUCAAGUGCCUCUGAAGAGGAUGAAGAGUUCCGGUUGGAAGAAGAUGCUGAAGAUGAUGAUGAAGAGGAAUAUUCAUUAAGUAGCAGUGAAGAUUUAGAGGAGCCGCAACCACAACGGCAUAAAAAAUUGGAAACUCGUGGCCGGCGAGGUACCAAGCUGAGAUCUGUUGAUGAAAUCGAAACAGGUCUCAGACGCAGCAAGCGUUCUUCUCGUCCUCGUAUUAACUACCGCCAAUAUGAUUUUUCGGACUCGGAUGCGGAGCCUGGAAAGGCAUGGAAAUCUGAUGCAUCAGAUCCUGAUGCUGGCUCCGAUGCCGAGAAUGAUAUGGAGCUCUCGACAUCGAGUCAAGAGCAAGAGGAAGAAGAGGAUGAUAGUCGUGAUGAAGAAAAUGGUAAUAAUGUGAAUGAUAAAAUGGAGGAGGACCACGCUGUGGCAGAAAAUAAAGUAGAAUCAGAGGAGGAGCAGAAGGAGCAGCCACAACAGCAGCCUGUAGAGAAGAUGGAUGCUCCCAGCAGGGAAAGUAAAAGUGUAGGAAGAACAUUCCUAGAUCUAAACGAGCUUGCACCUGGAGGUGGCUUUGAUGAUGGCCCAAGCUUGACAGUGAAAGAUGACAUGGACAACAUUUAGGAAAUAAUUAUUUUUUGAUACAUUUGAAUGCUGUUGGUCAGUAUUCUGACUUCCAAGCAAGGGCAGAUCAAUGGGCAUGAUGUCCUGCAAUGAAUGGUGCAACUAUAUUUUGGUGGUUUGAGCUGAUGGCUGCUUCAUUGAUUUGCAGUAACAGGAGAGUCAGGUUCCACUGGAAGCGACUUUGAGCUUCUUCGGAGCUAUUUUAUACUUGGAGGCCAUGAGGAGGUAGUUUUGCUUUUGAUUAUGUAUACUACAUGAAGGUCGCAAUCGAUCACAGCUGUGUUGUGGCCAGACUGAUGCUGCAUUGUGGCCGGUCUGUAUGUAGGAUAUAAGUUUAUUGCCUCCAUUUAUUUAGUUUUAGGCAUGGUGAUGUCAAUGAGAGCAUGGAGGGAAACCUGUACACUGAGUGCAGUGUGUCGGCAUUUGCGACCUUUUCCACUUGUAGAUUGUAGCUUUUAAGUCCGUGCAGGAUUAGUUCUGUAUCUAUUAUAUCUGACAGACUGAUUUUUCUGUCACACCUGUGUAGCUGACAUUGAGCUGUCCUUAAAUGCACCGGCAUUGCUUCUCAUUCACCCUAGAUGGAGAAGAUACUGCAUGUAUUCAGCUGAUGUUGUAGCAUAUGGACAUAUCCAUUACACUGAGAGUGGCUGGCCUGGAGAUUGCUAAUUUGCUGUAUGGUUUAUAAAAUCCAGAGUUGUCCUCUGUGCAUAUUGGUUAGCCACAAAAUUAUGCAAUACACAAUCUAGUUCUUCCAAUAGGCAUGGCAAAUUUAUGUGAAAUGUUUGGUGAAUUGGGCUUCAUAUUUGUUGGAGGAUUGUCUGUACAUCACACAAUACUAUUUGCUCCUUGUUUCA